UGUAAAAAACCUCUUGGAAUGCAAAGCCUUGGUAUCGACAAUKAUCACCUUAAAGUUACAUCUGAAUCUAAAUACAGAGACUAUGGGAAGAUCUCAGCUCGUCUGGGGUUCAAAUAUGCUUGGCGUAGCAAAGACAGACCGUCUACUUCRGAAUACUUACAGGUUGACCUGGGUCAGAUAAAGAAAGUCACUGGUAUUGCUAUACAAGGUGAUCCCAAUUCAGAUCGUUGGGUGACGGUGUUUAAGAUCAAUUACAGCAUCGGCGAUAGAUGGAUUGGUUGGGAGAGGUUUAAAGGUCCCAAGAGCAAGAGCGAUACUGCUAAAAUAUGGUUUCCAUACACCAUCCAAGCAAGACACAUACAAAUCAACCCUCUUAAGUGGAGGGGAGGCAUUUCAAUGCGAAUUGAACUUUACGGUUGUGAAAACACUUGCGACAAUCAACCAGUCGGUCUUGAAAAUGGUCAUAUUAAACAAUCUCAGAUAUCUGCCUCGUCUAUUCUGAACGACGCAACGCCCGCUCAAAACUGCAGGCUUGGUUACAAUGGAGCAGACUCAUGGUGUGGCGCAAUGCAUGAUAACAAUACKUAUCUGCAGAUUGAUCUGCGCAUGCCCCAUGUGAUUUGCGCCAUUAGUACCCAGGGAAACAGCAAAAGAGAUCAYAUGGUGACAUCAUUCACAAUCCAAACAUCAAUCGACGGUAAAAAAUGGAUCGACUACAGGAACAAACCAUUUAUUGACCUGAAGAACAAAGUGAAAAAUGUCAUUCAGACAUUCAAGGGUAACUUCGACAGCAACAGCAUUGCCAAGAACUAUUUUGAUCAGGGGCUACUUGCUCGUUAUGUGCGGAUCCUACCAAAGACCUUCAUCGGCGCAGCGUGCAUGCGCGUAGAGCUUUUUGGAGUUGAAAAAACAACAAACCAUCCGGGAUAG